UUGAAAUUAGAGCGGAGGUGAAAGUGGGAGAAGACAGCUCGAUGUUCGCUCGACGUCUCUUCGUGUUUGUUAAAAUAUUAAUUUAAACGCGAAGUUUCAUUAAACCUGAACGUUGUUUAAACGUUAGCCGUUAGCUUCGCGUCCUCAGCGGAAGAAGACGGUGAAUCCAACAUGGAGGACAUGUACGUGAAAGCAGGUAACCAGGAGCGGGGCUGGAACGACCCCCCUCAGUUCUCCUAUGGCCUUCAGAUGGCCCGCGGACCACCGAGGAACCUCCUGAACAAGAGAGCAGCUCCACCUGUGUCAGGUUCAGGAGCUCCACCUCCUAUGUAUCCCUCCGCCAACCCUCUGGCUCCACCUCGGUGUGGCAUAGCCCCACCCACUUUGCACACAGCUCAUCCUCCACCCGACUGCGUGGCAUCGCCCCUUCCUCCGGCAGGACCAAUGAGAAGCCAGAAAGAGGCUGGCAGUAGCCCAUCAGAGAGUGUGCCUGAUGUAGAGGUGGUGGUGCUGGUGUUGAGGCGAGCGCUAGCCGCCUGCAGACACACCGUCAGAGAUCAGGUGUGUAAUGAUGUGGAAAAAAGGCUCCUCCUCCUGGAGGAUGGUUGGAGAUCAGGCCGACUGAGCCUUCCCGUCAGGAGACGCAUGGACGCCCUGUCUCAAGAGUUGCAGUCGGGUCACUGGGACGCAGCUGAUGAAAUCCAUCGCUCUCUGAUGGUCGAUCAUGUGACUGAGGUCAUUCAGUGGAUGGUCGGCGUCAAACGAAUCAUUGCUGAGACACGAAAUCUGAGUCCAGAACUCCUACGACUGCUUCUUUACCCUGCAGGGGUCCAGGAGCCUGUAGAACCAGUCCAGCAGCCUGCAGGACCAGUCCAGGAGCCUGUAGAACCAGUCCAGCAGCCUGUAGGACCAGUCCAGCAGCCUGCAGGACCAGUCCAGGAGCCUGUAGGACCAGUCCAGCAGCCUGCAGGACCAGUCCAGGAGCCUGCAGGACCAGUCCAGGAGCCUGCAGGACCAGUCCAGCAGCCCGUCUCUCAUUCCUGACUCAACAGCAGGUUUCCUUAGUCUCUUGAUAAACUUUGACUCUUUGAACCAUCUCCAGGACCUGGUGGCAACAAUCCUCACAUUCACACUUCAGCAGAGGUUCAGCAGUUUGCUCAAGGAAACUUCAACAAGGAUGGACGUAUUGUUCAAAAUGAAACCCUUCUGUUCCUGACUCUGCAAUAUGAACCAUCAACAUCUGGAUUCUGGAUCUUAGACUCUUUGACAUUUUGGCUAUUAUUGGUGUCUGGACCACAGACUGUUAAUAAAAACAGAUGUAGACUCCAGGUCCAGAGAGUGAAGCCGAUGUGAAGUGUCUGAAACCUGUCUUCUGUGUAGUGACCAGCAGGGGGCAACUCCUCUGGUAGUUUCUAUAGAAGUCUAUAGAAAAUGAACUUCAGGGAACUUCAGAGUCUAAACUUUAAACUCUAAACUUUAGACUCUAAAGGUCAGAGUCCGAACUGUCUCAGCCUCUAGUCACCAUGUUCUGCUCCUUGUUGUUUCCUCACUUCCUGUUGUAUAAAGCUGUUUCCUGUGUGAGCUGCCUCCUGCUGCCAUUCUUUGAUCAUGUUUCCUUAUUGUUUCUGCUUCAGAUUUACUGAAGAGUGCAAUGUCCAAGACUUCUUCAUGAUUCACAGAUAAUAAAUCCACCUUCACUGCUGUUUA